UUUGGGUCAUUAGGUGGAGGGCAUGGAGAUGGGGCACUUGCCAGGGGACCCAAGGAGGAAAGAGAGCGCUCUCCAAAUUGUCUUCCAGGGUUUCAAUAGGUAUUUUAUUGACUCAGAAUCUGUCGGGAAUAAUACUAGGGAGCUACCUUUCCCUGGAAAUGGGUCUCGUCAGUGGAGUGAGUUAGGCUGCGGUGAGGAACAGAAACGGGAGACUCAGUUUAUAAAUAUUAAGGUCAGCAAGAGUGUGCGGCUGGCAGGAGUACAGAGAGCCUGGAAAUUUGGGUGUCCGCUGUUUGUAAUUGGUUGCAAUCCAGAGAGUGGGAUUGAGUUCCUCCCUUGUCAUAUUAGCAUUGUUUCCUGGGCUCAGGUCUAACACCCUGCAGGUGGUCAGUCAUGGCGGCUUUGUCUCUCUUCUGGAAUCCCCUGACCCAGCUUCACAAUCGAGAACUCCGCACCACCAGCCACCGUCAUGUCCACUCCCUCCAGGUCAAUGUGUCCCUCCUGGAGCCCAAUCUGCUGAACAGCCUGGGGCCAUCCACUUUCCGGGUGUUGGGCAAUCUGGUGGCCAUUGUGAUGCUGGGCAAGUCGCGAAAGGAGCAGAAGGAGACCACCUUCUACACGCUGGCAUGUGGCUGGUAAUCACAACCUGUUGGUCACUUUGCUGGUGAGCCAGAUGACCAUCGCCAUGUACAUGAAGUGUGGGUAACCCGGGGGUCAGCAGCUGUGCCAGUACAGCAUCUUCAUCCAGCUCUUCUUCAUCCUGUCUGGUCUCAGCAUCGCCUGUGCCCUGAGAGUGUGGUGCUGCCUGGCCACCAACCACACCUCCUUCAACAGCCAUGACAUGCACCAGCGGUUGGCGGCUACACUGUGCAGUCUUUGUGCCCAGCUUGCUCUUC